AUGCACGACCCAUUCCCCUUUCCGCCGCCCUCACUGCUCACACAUCUAACCACACCACUCGCUAACGCGCUCUCCUUGCCCACCCUCUCGCUCCAUAUUCACGAACUCCUCCUCGCAACCCUCGUCUACCACCUAAUCUGCCGCUACAUCUCCCCUUAUGUCUCCAGCAAGCUCUUCCCCCGCAUCUAUCCUGCCCUCAGCGCCCGCACAAGACUGAACUGGGACGUCCACGUCGUUUCUUUAUCACAAUCGCUUCUCAUCAAUACGCUGGCUCUAUGGGUCAUGUGGAUGGAUGAGGAGAGGGGGAGGAUGGGAUGGGAGGAACGGGUGUGGGGAUAUACGGGAGCGGAUGGCAUGAUUCAGGGAUUCGCGGCCGGGUACUUUUUGUGGGAUCUCAUUGUGUGUGCGGGAAACGUGGGGGUGUUUGGAUGGGGGCUAUUGGCGCAUGCGGUGGCGGCGCUGGUGGUCUUUUCGUUGGGAUUCAGGCCUUUCGUCAACUUCUACGGCCCCACCUUCAUUCUCUACGAGCUCUCCUCCCCCUUCCUCAACUUUCACUGGUUCUUCGAUAAACUUCACAUGACCGGCUCCCGACCGCAAUGGUACAAUGGCAUGUUCCUCCUCUCCAGCUUCUUCUGCUGUCGCUUGCUCUGGGGCACCUAUCAAUCGAUCCGCGUCUCCCAAGAUGUCUGGGCUGCGCUGCACUACGACCCUCUCACUAGGAGCUCGAAGGCAGUAUUCGAGCCAGAAGCGGGGGGUGCGGACAUCAUGCGUUUUGCAGGCGACUAUCCCAUGCCGGCUUGGUUGGCUAUUGUCUACUUGAGCAGUAAUGUUGUGCUAAAUACGUUGAACUUCUACUGGUUUGGCAAGAUGAUCGAGACAAUUAAGAAGAGGUUUGUGGAGUCGAAAGAACAGAAAGGCGCUAGGAAGAGAGAGGGUAGAGAGGAGGGUGUGAUGGUGGAGGGCUUAAUGGAUAGUAGUACGCUUAUUACGGAGAUUGCGGAGGAUGAGGAUAUGCAGUUUGGUGGGGAGGAUAUCAUGUAUGACGGGGAGGUGGAGGAUAAGCUGACGAUGGAGAGCAGCAUCUUGGAUGGGAAGAGUACGAUGCAUGUUGAGAAGACAGAGGUUAGGCGGAGGAAGGGUUGA